AUGGGUUUAGGCGGUUUUACAGGCAGACAAAUUGAACGACCUAAACCGGGUUGUGGUGGUCGACAAGUGAGAAGCUCAAGGUACGAAUCCCACUUUGAGUGGGAGGCGGUGGCAACGUUCGGGAUCUGGGCGACAUUCAAGCCGAGCCAACAUAGCGCCUCCCUGUUGCCAGCUCAACUGCCAGUGUCCCGAAGACGGCGGUCACUCAAAAUGUGUGGGUUCGAGCUAGUGGAAUUGAGAGAAGUUGGGUCGAGGGUUAGACUCAGAGCUCAAAUUUGUGGAAACGUCUUGCUUGCACUUGAUCGACUCAACUCAUUUUGGGAUGGAAAUGAGCAUUGGAUUGCUUGGGUCGUCGGCAGAAUUGUACCCUGCGUUAUAACUGCUUAA